AUGGCCGAUCCCGAACCUGGGAACUCGCCCAUCCAUGCCACCCGCAACACGAAUGAAUACACGCCUCUGCUGCCGUCGGACCGCCAAUUCAUCUCUGCCCUCCAUCAAUCACAGGACUUCAUAGCCUGCCACAUCGUCAAGAUCCAUGGCGAAGACAGCGCCGUAUGGAAACUCCGACGUUCGCUGCAGCACUGGUUCUCGUCCAAAUGGGGUCACUACUUCGUGAUCCUACUGGUCGCGGCAGAUAUAUGCUGUAUCUUCGCCGAUUUCCUCAUCAGUCUGCAUAUCUGUGAGCAUGCUGGCGAAAAAGAGUUCCAUCUGAGAGCUUGGGAGCAGGCAAAUGAAGUGCUGGGGUACGCGAGUCUCGUCUUCUCGUGUCUCUUCGUGGCCGAAUUGCUGGGCAGUGUUUUUGCAUUUGGAUUCCGGUACUUCAACACCCCGUUCCACAUAUUCGAUGCCCUUGUCAUCAUUGCUGCCUUCAUAAUCGACGUCCUCCUGCGCGGCCCGCUGGAAGAAGCCGGCUCGCUGGUCGUCGUCCUCCGGCUCUGGCGCGUCUUCAAGAUCAUCGAGGAAUUCUCCUCCGGCGCCGAAGAUCAACUCGCAGAACUGCAGGAGAAGAUUGACGAGCUGGAGAGAGCGAGGGAGGACGUCAUCAAGGAGAAUGAACAACUCAAGCACCGGUUGAGGAGCGGGUAUGGGAACGCGGACGGGGACGUGGAUAUCGGCGAUGGCUGA